AUGCGGCGACGAUACAGAAACCUCGAAGAAUACUCUUUGGAAAAUGUAAACGUGGAUACAAGUGAAGAUGAUAAUGAGAUUGGCCCUGGAAAUGCUGCAGCAAGUAGUAAUUCUAUGAUUGAUAAUGGUGAUGAUGAAGAUGAUAAUAAUCACGAUGAUGCAGUUAAUGGUGGCGACAAUGGUGAUGGCAACAACAAUAAUAAUGAUAACGAUAAUGAAGAUGACGAUGAAAUCGAUGAUGACGAAAUCGAUGAUGAUGAUGAUGACGAUGAUGACGAAAUCGAUGAUGAUGACGAUGACGACGAAAUCGAUAAUGAUGACGAUGAUGAUGAUGAUCAUGGCGAGGUUAAUGGUGAUGUUGACAUUAAUAAUGAUGAUGACAGCAGUAGUGGUGUUUCCAAUGGUUCAUUGAUAAACUUUAAUAAUGGUGAUUCUUCUGACAGUUCAUUUGUUUCUUCACUUAAUGAAACUUCUUCUGAUUCAUCUGGAUCAGAAUCUGACAUUUCCAACGUGUCAAUUGAUGAAGAUUUUUCCGAUGCUUUAUCCGACGAAUUUUCAAGUGGAACUAAUACCGAUGACUCCGGAGACGAGCAAAAUGAACCUAUAAAUGAAGAUCCACCACUUUUUCAAGGAUGUCCACUUACUUUGUCAGAGAGCCUUUUAAGUAUUCUUUCUCUGACGCUUCGACAUACAAUUACUGGUGUACUUUUAGCAUCCAUUUUACAAUUGAUUCAUUUACACUGUCCAGAGCCAAAUCACUGCGUUCAAUCUUUAUACACAUUCAAAAAUUAUUUCGAGGAAUUAAAAAGUCCAAUCAACAGGCAUUUUUAUUGCACUGACUGUCUUAAUAAUUUAGAUGAUAAAAAUUCACAGUGUGCCAUAUGUGGGUCAGUUGGGAAAUCUAAUUAUUUUAUGACUAUAUCUGUGAUAUCUCAACUACGCGCCAUGUAUGCAAGAAAUGGUUUCAAAGAAAAAUUAAAUUAUCGGCAUAAUAGAGUAAAAUUAUUCCCAGACAACAUUGAAGACAUAUACGACGGAUCUAUUUAUCAUGAAUUAAAUGAACCAGGGGAAUUAUUAUCUGACGCAAACAAUAUAUCAUUUACCUGGUAUACUGAUGGAGUACAAGUUUUCAACAAAUCGAAAUUUUCUUUCUGGCCGUUUUAUUUGGUCAUCAAUGAACUUCCAUAUUCCGAACGAUUCAAAAAGGAAAACCUAAUAUUAGCUGCAAUGUGGUUUGGAGAAGAAAAGCCCUCAGCUAAUAUGUUUCUGCUGCCACUCUAUGAUGAGUUAAUGGAAAUCAAAACCGGAGUAGAUUUUAAAUUAUUUGGUCAGGAAGAACUUGUUAAUGUUAAAGGAAUAAUCAUCUGCGGUACUUGUGAUCUACCAGCGAAAGCAAAAUUUCUAAAUAUGAUGCAGUAUAAUGGCAAAUGUGGAUGUCCCAAAUGCAAGCAGGAAGGAAAGAGAGUUAAUAAUACACAAGUUUACCCUUACAAAAGAAAUAUGGCUAUGCGUACAGAAGAAGAAACUUUGGAACAAGCAGAAACAGUUACAAAUAAACCUAUUUGUGGUGUUAAAGGACCAACAAUUUUAUCAUUGCUGGUAUACAAAUGGAUUCAAACAACUGCGAUCGAUGCUAUGCACUGCGUUUUUGAAGGAAUAAUGAAGGCUCUUCUGAAGUUAUGGUUUUUUCCAGAAUUUGCCAACAUGCCUUUUUCACUUUAUCAUUUAGUUGAUGUCAUUGAUGAACGCUUAAAAAAUAUUCAUCCACCAGGAUUUGUCCAAAGAAGACCACGUUCAAUUAAGAAGCACGUCAAAUAUUGGAAAGCGUCGGAAUUGAAAAAUUUCUUUUUUUACUUCUCUCUUAUUAUUUUGAAAGAUGUAAUGAAAGAAGAAUACUUUCAAAACUUUCAAUUAUUAGUUGGAGCUAUACAUAUUCUUUGCCAACAAAGCGUAUCAAUACAGAUGAUAGGCGAAGCAAAAAGAUUAAUUCAAGAAUUUGUGUCAACGUUUCAGACGCUUUAUGGUCUUCGAAAUAUGUCGUGUAACGUGCAUUUACUUCUCCAUCUACCAGAAGUGGUUGAGAAAUUGGGUCCACUUUGGCAAUAUUCCUGCUUCACAUUUGAAGAUAUAAAUGGGAAACUGAAAAAAUUAGUUCAUAGCAGCAAGAAUGCAGAACUACAAAUUUAUAAUGGGUUUUCUUUAUACUUAAAUACGUUUACAUUAAACAAAGAUUUUCUCAAUGAAGGCACAAAAGUCUACGAGUUUUGCAAAAAACAACUUAGUCCAACUAAACAAAUGAAAUUGUGUGAUAUUGGAAAUGGAUAUUUCAUUGUUGGGGGGUUAUCAAAAUUACAAGUGCCGAAUAAUAUAAUGCAUGGAUUUGAAAAUGAUAGAAUCGUUGGCAGAAGAUUCUUUGUAUUUCAAAAAUUGCUGCACAACAACUUUGUUUAUAGGUCCGAAAUAUAUCGUCGAGCAAAAGUUACUAACUCAACAUGCGUAAAGUUUAUAAUUGAUAAUGAAAUAUCAUUUGGUAUAAUUAAUAUGUUUGUGAGAGUCACGAAUUGUAAUUGCAGAAAACUGUGUCGAUGUCGAGCAGAACACUACGCCGUAGUAAGAAAAUGUAUUCACAAAGUAACGUUUCCCAACUUAAGCAUACCUAGACAAAGAUUGAAUUUUAUUCACAGUUUACAAAUACUGAACGAAUUCCAAAAUAUACAUAUCACAUCAUUGAAAUCCCUCUGUUUCUUCGUAGAAGUGAAAGAUACAAAUUUAAAAUAUGCCGCAGAGCCAGUAAAUACAGUUGAGGAAGAAUAAAAUAAGAAAAUGCUUGCUAGUCGAAAGAGCAUAGUCUAAAUAUAAUAAGCUCAGUGAAAAUAAU